GCUGUGUGGCGAUCACAAACAUGGUUCCUUGCAGGCGGUUGCAAGUGAUAUGACGCAAAAACCGAUCAGGGAUUUGUCCUAUGUCCGACAGCCCUCGAACUUCAAGUCAUUAUAAUCUGCUUGCAGUGACACAUACCGGAAUCAGAAAUGGUACGCAUCAAAUACCUCCGAUCGUCGGGGAUCACGAGCCCUCAAUCCCCCUUACCUAUUAUUAAAAAAAAAACAAUUUAGUAAUUUAAAGAACUACAAUAUGAAGACAACAGAAAUAUAAAUAUGACGAGUCCGUGUCGUGAGUGUUAUCCAAGUAUAAGUUUAGACACACUGAAUUACCUUUUGCAGUCACAUUUGGACAGUGAAAGAAAAUAUGUGUCGACUGGAAAGGUAGUACCCAGGGCAGUGUAUCUAAAACAGUUACCAUUGUACACUGACUUCUUUGAACAGAUUUUGUUCUUGAAUCAGCUUUGUGUAUUGACUCCUGAGACAACCAAACAUUGGCGUUGUCGCAAUGAGUGGGUGUGCUGCAAUGGAAAACCCAAUUUUGAUUUCCUCCAACAAGCAUUUGGUGAAGCUACUGUUCCAGUAGCAGACUGCAGAAAAAAGGAGUUUUCUGGUCAUGCGAAGAAACAAAUGAAAAUGAAAGACUUCUUGGAUUACUGGCGAAAAAAUGAUCAAGCGGGCAGUCCAUGUUCUGGAGAAAGUCUUUACCUUAAGGAUUGGCAUUUCACAAGAGACUUUCCAGAUUACGAUGCUUACAGUACCUGCAGUUUCUUUCGUUCUGACUGGUUGAAUGAGUUCUGGGACAAACGAGAUGAUGUGGAUGAUGAUUACAGAUUUGUGUAUAUGGGUCCCAAAGGAACAUGGACACCAUUCCACGCUGAUGUGUUUCGAUCUUUUAGCUGGUCUGCAAAUAUUUGUGGUCGCAAACGAUGGAUUUUUUAUCCUCCUGGUGAAGAAGAACAUUUAAAGGAUGUCAAUGGAAACCUGGUGUAUGACAUAACUUCAGAAGAACUUCAAGACAAAACACGAUUUCCAAACGCCUGCAAGGCAGCCCAUCGGAUUGAAGUUAUUCAGAAUCCAGGAGAAACUAUAUUUGUACCUAGUGGUUGGCAUCACCAGGUUGAAAAUCUGGAAGACACAAUAUCCGUUAACCACAACUGGCUGAAUGGGUGCAAUAUCCAACAGUGUUGGUUACAUCUCAAAACAUCCCUGUUGGAUGUGGAGCAUGAAAUAAGUGAUUGUCGUGGAAUGGAGGGCUGGGAGCAACAGUGUCAGCUCAUCUUACGAGCCUGUGCUGGAAUGGACUACACUGAGUUCUUUCGCUUCAUGUGUUGCAUUGCCAGAAACAGAAUCCAGUCCUUGGAUAUGUUCAAGAAGCAACACUUGGUGCUUCAUGCCAACAUUAAUAUGCACAGUGAAAUAGUUGAAAACCUUCCAUACUCAUCAUGUGACGAAACCAACAGUGAAACACAGAGUGAAUCUGCACCAUGCUGCUUUAAGGAAGAUACCAUUUUUGUCAGUUUGGAAGCAAUACCUACUAAUAUUGUUACCACAUUGUCUGAACCUUCUGUGAGCAAACAUCACAAAUAUAUCCAUAAGACAGAUCCUGCAGAGCAACAGUGGGAAGCUCCUAACAAAUACUCCUCCAGAGAGCCAUUUUCUUGUCAUACCUCUACAGUGGUUUCUUGCAAGGAAGGUUUUCACAGAGCUGAAGAAUGGGAUAAGACAAAAUCUUACAGGAUGUGUAAAUGUCCUGGGAAAAGGACUUCACCCUUACCAACCAGUGUUGUUUUGAAAGUGUUCUGGUUCUAAGUGAGUCACUGACAACCUGCAAGAACAAGAGACGGAUGCCUCAUUGGGCGAAAUGUAGUGUGAGUCAUGCACUUUUUGACUUAACAAGGAUUCACAGCAUCCUUAAUGAAAUGGCAUGCUGGUCUUUAAAAGAUCUGUUAAGUGAGAAGAAAAAAAUGCUGGAAGCACUUUCAGAAAGUAUACAAGAUAUUUCAUUAAAUUUUGGUAUUAAAUUUUUAAAAAAACUGUUUAGAAUAAGCGUGUGUAUUCACGCCUACAAGCACCCCAUCUCCAGGUAAAAUAAAGGUUUAAAAUGA